AUGUCCGCAACUGAGAUUAAAGAGGACUAUAACCUGCAGGAGGCAUGGGACCGGGCGUGCGCGUCAUUCGCACAGACAACCAAAGUCGAUCUCACUAUAACGCCAAAAUAUACUGUUGAUGAGGUGCUUGACCAAAUUCAAACAAAGCAAGAUGAGGACGACGAGCGAAACAACAAAUACAAGGUCGCAAAAGAUGUGAUCGGCAAAACAUUGACCUUUAUCACGGUCCUGGGGGGCAUAGCUGCGCAGGGUGCUAGUAUGGUUUUUGCCCCCAGUAGCCUGUGUUUCAAUGCAAUCUCUUAUCUUAUUAGCACCGGAGCUAAGUACAAGCGCAUUUUUAGCAGUCUAGCAGAGCUAUUCCAGCGCAUUUCGGAUGUGCUAGAGCGCUGUAAGAUUUACAUGCGCCUGCCUCCAGACGCAGUGGACAUAUCCCUUAGGAAGAUCAUUAACGAAGAGUUGGUAUGCUUUGUCGACAUCUGUGCACUUUCCAUCAAAGUUCUCAAGGGGCACAAAAUCUUCACUGCGCUCAAGGUUUUUGCCUUCGACGGCGACGAAGGCGUCAGUGGUGAGCUGAAUCGCCUGGCUAAUCUCGUUGAGCGUGAGUCUCAAAUGCGGGGGACGCUGGGAUUCGAGUCGCAAAAGAUUAGCGAGAUGGUGAUCAUUGAGAACCGAGAUGGGACUAGGAAAAUCAAUGCCUCUGUGGAUAGCCUCAUCAAUUUCGAGAAGAAAAGAGAUGUGGAAAGUGCCUCCAAAAGGAUUCUGAAGAAUAUCGAUUCAAAUCUUGACACUCCGAGUGAGAGCUACAAGAUUGUUCAGACUACCUACAGACGCCUUCUGAAUGAACAAGUCGAAGGCAGUGGGGCUUGGCUUCGAAGUGAUCCAUUGUACACUGCAUGGACCUCCACUCAGGAUUCAUCCUUGUCCAUACUCGGAAUCUCUGGAGCUGAAGGAUAUGGCAAGUCUUUCCUUUUCGCCGCCAUCACUAAGGACUUGCAAGAAAUAGAUCCCCAGGCUACGGAGGAUCUGACGUGCACCUCCGCUGCCUUCUACACGUUUGAACAGGGGUUGGAUGAUGCAUCUCUGACGAAAGCUCUGAAAGUGCUUGCAUGGCAGGUUGCCAAUACAGAUAUUGUUUAUCGCAAAGAUUUGAGCUCUGUUCAGCUAUCCGGUGUGAACCAGGUAGAAAACCUCUGGGAGCUUCUAUUUGCGAAGUCCUACAAGAGCGACUCGAGUUUCUUCCUCCUGUUCGACAGCGUUGACAGGAUGGAUACAGCUCACUUCAAAGGACUCAUCCAGCUUCUGACAAAUUUACAGGCUGUGUCUGAAACCUGGCCUCGCUUCAAACUCCGGAUUCUGCUGUCUGGGCGGGACGAAACAAUAGGGAACAUUAAAAGGCAAAUUGGAGAAGAUUUCGCCGUGAUUGAUGUGGCUUCCAAGAACAGUGAUGACUUGCGCAACUUCAUCACCGACCGCAUGAACAAAAUGGACAUUCUCAGUGGUUCAUCGGAUCAAGUUCUUCAUCUGCGGCAGGAGAUCUUACAAGCCCUCAUGACCGAAACGCAUGGUGAUUUUGUCAAUGUUGGUCUGAUCUUGCAUGAAAUCAGUGGAAAGCAGCGCCCGGGCGAAAUUCGAGACAUCUUGUCUCGAUCAGGAGGAAAUCGGUCUGACACGAUCGUGAGAAAGAUGGAGCUCCUGAAUGAAACACUAAGUGACGAUGACAUCUCCGACCUGAACACUCUCCUCACCUGGGUCGUGUUUGCCAAACGCCCCCUCAGUUUGCAGGAGCUGGAAGCAGUCCUUUUUCUUAAAACUCGAGAGUCUUCUCUCCGAUCACUAGCGGAGAAGAUCACGAACCAGUACUCCUCGCUGCUUCGCAUCCUUGGCGAACCACACCCCGUCACCAAAAUCACCCCGCCAGCGUCAAAGGUGAUGCUAGUGUCUGACUCCAUCGAGGAGUUUCUACGGACGGAGUUGCAACCAGGCGACCCCGAAGAUGCCCAGAACUUGAAUCGUAUUGGCGAUGUCGAUGAGGUUGAGGUCAGGAUUGUCCGGCGAUUUCUGGAGUCUGUUUGCGACCCGAAAUUGUUCAAUAAAUUCGGGUUUGAUGAUUUCUUCCAGCGAAAACUUAAGGGAAAGUCUGCUCGCGCUGGAGUGGAUAUUGAAACAGCGAAUCUGAGAAUCGUGGCAGAUUGCUUAGAGGUCAUCUGCUCCAGCGAAUCGCCAGAUUCAGCCCCGUUGCUCGAUUAUGCAAUCGCCUGCUUCGCUGGCCAUCUCAUGGACGCCGAUCCUUCUCUGACACAACCACAACACAAAAUGGCGCUCGGUCCUCGGUUAGUGCAACUGUUUGCAGACGAGGCUACUAUUGCGCAAUGGUGGACCACGGAAAAUACCUGGCUUCGGGCAAUGUGGAUCUUCGACGAUGAAUAUACCGACGUCAUGUUGAGAUGGCUCCAAGACUCUGCCUUCACGAAGAACCUCUCGAGUGAUCAAAUCAGGUGGGUGAAAAGUCUGAGUUCCAAGUCCGAGCCUGAUGCAGAUCUUCUCGAACACAUCGCCCGGUUCAUGGGGCGCAGAUGGUUACAGGAAGGCACGGAGGGCAUUGUUUACACUUUCGCCGCGAUACAUGGGUAUCUCACAAAGAUCGAGAGCCGAAAAAAUCCUAGCCUCGAUCGAUUCGAUAUCAAUGCAGAAAUUGAGGACGUCGAAACCAGUCGGAUUUUCGACGCUGCGCAAUGGGUACAGCACCAGAUUGGAUUGGAUAAAUUGGGCUAUGAAGAGACUCGUAACCUGGCACGCACGCUCCGAGAUCUUGCCAGACACCCUGAGGCCAUUGAACAAUUCAAGAUCGCGUCCUCCCUCCAGAGUGACAACUGGCUUUCGCAAUGGGGGCUAGCAGGCUGCUAUGCCUCCCAAAGAGAGUACAAGAUGGCGAUCGAGGUUUUGGAGGCAACGGCGAAGUCAAUUGAGUCCGGCGAAAUAGCAGACGCUGAUGAGGCUAAAUUAGAGCUCUUUUGGAUAUCGCGCGAGCUCGCUGAAUGGAACAAGGAGGCUGGUAAUACCGAUCAAACGCUCGCAAUUUACAAGAGCAUACUUCAGGUCGAGCCGGAUGACUACGAAACGGCGCUUUCGUUGAUGACGUUCUUCCACGAGAACAAUAACUACCAAGGUCUGCUUGAAUUCCUACAAUCGCGCAAGGACUCGACGGAUAAAGCGACGGGACGAGAUCAUCGCACGGAAGCGUUCCACGCGCACUACGACAACGAGAAGUACCAUGAAGCUCUCUUCGCGCUAGCUUACAAUACCGAACAUUUCGAAGCCAUUCUCGAAAGCUAUAAUAUCGCUGUCAAUGCUGCAAAGAAGCGAUACACCGAAGCCAGACAAGCUGGCAAUAUCGCCGAAGAGGAGUUUGGCCGGGUCUGCCAGGCCCUACUCAUGCACAGGGCUGCUCUUCUAUGCUAUAACAAUACCACCAACAUCGAAGAGCACAGGGAAUUUGCCAUCGACCAAUGGGUACUUAUUCUGCAGAUGGAUGAGCCCAGUGAGUCGUAUCUUCCAAUUGCGAAAUCGAUGGUUCGCAAGAAACUGGCGACUGUCUGUUUCCAGGAAGCUCGACGUGAUCCGGCCACUGCCGAGCAGUAUUUAGAGCAUCUUGAGCAGACGGCGUCUUUAAAAAAGAAAGGUUAUUGGGAAGGGACAUACGAGGAGACAUACCCAAUGCGGCUCAUUUCCCGGUGGUACGCGUUGCAGGGCGACGAACACAAGGCCAAGGAUACUUUGCGGGCUCCUGUCAAGGUUUACCUUGAUCUUCUUUCGGACGAGGAUCCGCUCAACGACUGGCAGGGCUAUCACGGAUUGGCAAUGCAUCUGAUGUCUGCGGGCCAGGAUGCCGACGCCCUCGCCGCAUGGUCUUUGAUUGUUCCAAUCGACGACAUGGAGACUGAAGACAAUCUUUCGGAAACAGAUAGCAAGCCAGCUGAGCUUCAAGGCCCAAUGCUAGACAUAUGUGAUGGGCGUUGUAGAACCAAAUGGUCAUUCGCAGACAACAUCUACGUGUGUAGAGACUGUGACUAUGUUGAGUUUGAUGAAGGCUGCCUGAAAAAGCUCCGAGAAGGAACCUUGGUCCCUGAAGUUUGUGGAAAGAACCAUGAGAUGCUGCAUGUUCCCUCGUAUGAUGCAGCCGACCGCGAGAAGAUCGGCGCAGGCAAUGUAAAGGUUGGAGAGCACAUUCUUCCGGUUGAAGAAUGGCUUCAGCGGCUUAAGACAGACUGGGCGAUCAAAUGA